AUGGUAGAUGAAGCAAAACACAGCUCUGGAGCAACGAACGGCAUACUAGUGGGCUUCGUAAUCUUUAUGUCAAUGCAAAACAAGAAGGAGCCAUGUCGGCUGCAGGAAAGGGUCAUCACGUUCGAGUCAACAUGUCAGCUCGUCUGUGAUAACUGGGUAAAACGGAUCCGACGUAUCAUAGAAGAUUUAGGCCGUAGACCAAAAACUCUGAAGGUAUUCAUCCAGCCAUUUGCUGGAAAUGGCAAGGGCAAAGAAUGUUACAAAAGGGUGGUGGCGCCACUGUUCCAAUCUGCCGACAUCGAAACAGACAUUACAGAGGACAGGUUAUCAGUGUUCGAAAAAACCCAAGAUGAUGAUCCAUUUGUGCAGUGCAUCAAUCAUAUGGACAUGAGCAAAUAUGAUGGAAUAGUGUGUGUAGGAGGAGACACAACUGUGCUGAAGGUGGUCAGUGCUCUCCUCCUCCUCAAGCAAGUAGACCAGGAGAUAGCAGUAGCAAAGGGCUUCACCCCUAAGAAAGUCAACAUGCCCAUCGGCAUCAUUCCUACCGGUGGUGUGAACACUAUAGUGUGCUCCUGUCAAGGUGUGGCUGAUGCUACUACAGCUGCUCUUCACAUAAUACUAGGCAAGUAG